ACGGCUGUCGUGCCUCACGUAUCGGCAAGCAUGGAGGCAGAGGAAUCAGAGAAGGAAACCGCGGAGCAGGAGCUUCUGGAAGGGAGAGACGAGAAACCAGAGGCGGAGGAGGAGCCGGAGGAAUCUGAAGAGGCGGCUUGCGGCGGCAAGAAGCGGGUGGUGCCAGGUAUUGUGUACCUGGGCCACAUCCCGCCCCGCUUUCGGCCCCUGCACGUCCGGAACCUUCUCAGCGCUUACGGCGAGGUCGGGCGCGUUUUUUUCCAGCCCGAGGACGGGUUCGUGAGGCGCAAGAAGAAGGCAGCGGCAGCUUCUGCCACGGGAGGAAAAAAGCGGUCCAAGUACAGCAAGGACUACACCGAGGGCUGGGUGGAGUUCCGGGACAAGCGAAUAGCCAAGCGAGUGGCGGCCAGUCUGCACAACACUCCCAUGGGGGCCCGCAGGCGCAGCCCCUUCCGUUACGACCUAUGGAACCUCAAGUACCUGCACCGUUUCACCUGGUCCCACCUCAGCGAGCAUCUUGCCUUUGAGCGCCAGGUGCGCAGGCAGCGCCUGAGGGCCGAGGUUGCCCAGGCCAAGCGAGAGACUGACUUCUAUCUUCGAAGUGUGGAGCGGGGACAGCGCUUCCUUGCUGCUGAUGGGGACUCUUCUCGCCCAGAUGGCUCCUGGUCCUUCGCCCAGCGUCCUACUGAGCAGGAGCUUAGGGCCCGGAAGGCAGCUCGUCCAGGGGGACGUGAACGGGCUCGCCUGGCUAAUGUGCAGGACCAGGCCCGGUCCAACCGUGGGCUCCUUGCUAAGAUCUUUGGAGCACCGCCACCCUCAGAAAGCGGGGAGGAACCCUGACUGGUCCAGGACUCUUGAGGGGCAGGGAGCCCCCUUUCACCUCCUAGCCCAGCCCUGCUUCCUGUACCUGAUAAUGACUACCCAAGCAGACAUUUUAUUGUGUUUCUCAGACCAGGAGUCUCUGGUGAGUGCCCAGAUGUAGAAGUUUUGUGGGCCUCUCCAUCACCCUCCAACUCUUACACAUUCCUGGCUGAAGCACCUAAUUCAUACUAGCACGAUUAUGACCACUGCAGAUGCCUGUUUGUCUUGUUUGAUUCUUGGCUGCCUGCCUCCUGCCCAGUGGGGGCCUAUAAAAAUCCUACUUCCUGGCUCCAGACAGAGCCUCUACUUAAAGCUAG